UUUAGCAGUAGAGCUGUAGAGCCCCAGUUCAAAACCCCGCUCCACCGCGUCGUCGGCUUCGAGAACUGAAGAGAAGAAGACGGGGAGAGGUCGCGGAUUUUUAUAUUGUAGAGUUGAGUUUACUUUUCUCGGAUCACAGGUAAUCUUCUUUGAGGGUUCAAGUCUCUUAUCCGGUGUAGUCUCAGGUGCUCGAGUAGGAUCUUUUGCGAAGAGAUUAGGGUUUUUGGAUUGCUAGUGUUGUUUUAUUUGAGUGCUGUUCUUUGAGUCUUUGUUCGGAUUGCUUCUGUGCCCUAGAAGAUGCUUCCUCUAUCUCUACUUAAGACCGCUCAAGGUCAUCCCAUGUUGGUGGAACUGAAGAAUGGGGAAACUUAUAAUGGACAUCUAGUCAAUUGUGACACUUGGAUGAACAUCCAUCUGCGAGAAGUCAUCUGUACCUCUAAGGAUGGAGAUAGGUUUUGGCGUAUGCCUGAGUGCUACAUUCGUGGGAAUACGAUUAAGUAUCUUCGAGUUCCUGAUGAGGUGAUUGAUAAAGUUCAGGAAGAAACGAAGGCGAGAUCAGAUCGGAAGCCACCUGGUGUGGGACGUGGAAGAGGGAGAGGCAGAGAGGAUGUUGCUGGUGGGAGGGGAGCUAAAGGAAUUGGGCGUGGCUUCGAUGAUGGUGGUGCUAAGGGUGUGGCAGGCAGAGGAAGGGGGGGAUCAAGUGGAAAACCUGGCGGAAACAGAGGUGGAGGUCGAGGCCGAGGUUGAUACUUGAUACAAGAGAUGGUGCCUAGAAAGUCAGGGUGAGUUUGCUAGUUUUAAGAGGCAUUUUGCGCAACCAACCUUUGUACGAAAUGUCUGGAUUUUCUCGAAUACUUGCUCUUGAUUGAUGAUCUGCAAGCUUCUAUCGUUUGAUUUUAUUUUGAGGUUCUAGUCAAUGUUUGUCUAGUUAACAAUUUUAAGAACUAUUUUUUCCUCUGCCAAUCCUGAUAAGUGAAUGGUGUUUUUAUGUGAGAAUAUUGGUGUAGACAAACUGUCUCGUGCUUGUGCUCUA